AUUCAUAGACGCCGCUCUAGAGUCUAAAGUCUAGACGCUUGUUUGGUGUUAUCUCCUACCAUCGUCGGUGCGCGUCUUAUAAAAUUUAAUUUCUCAUUAAAUUCCUUACAAUAUUUCAUUUUUGCACUUACUAUAUUAUACUUUUGUACUUUUGUGUGCUGCCGUCAACCAUCAACACCGUUCGCCGUCGCCGUCUCCAGGUGCCAAAUUUCCAAAUUCCAACCUACACUCAAGUAGAGUCACUCUACAGUGCCCCACAGCCAUUGCCGCGACCGACACAGUUCAUUUAGUCAAAUCCUACUUGGCUAUGUUGACGUUCGUUAUCAUUGACUGAUCCGUCAUCCGUAUUGUCAUAAUACAGAAGAUUAUUUGAUGGAUGCAUCGUUUUGAAAAACGGACAAUAUUUGAGUGUGUACUUACUUCGUACUUUUGUGCGCAUUAACACCGUUCGCCGUCACCGAAUUCCAACCUACACUACAGUUCCACGCUACUACUGCCGCGACCGACACAGUUUAAAGGCAUUCAUAUCUUGACUUUAAUAUUCAAUUCAUAAUGGAAAAUAUAAUACCAGAAACCAGUAGAUGCAAACCAGUCAAAUUGUUUAAAAAAUCAUCCUUCAUUGACAUGUAUGAAGGUUUGCAAUCCUUACGCAGUGAUGAGAUUUUUUGUGAUAUUAAACUGGAAACAGACGAUAACAAAAUAAUAACUGCACAUAAAGUGGUUUUAUCAGCGGCUUGUCCGUAUUUCCAUGCUAUGUUCACAAAUUUUGCAGAAAGGAAUCAUGAUCUUGUGGAAAUGAGACACAUAGAUUAUUCCGCUUUACUACUAUUAGUAAACUUUAUAUAUUCAGGACAAAUCUUGAUCACUGAAGAAAACGUCCAGGAUAUAUUACCUGCUGCAGAUAUCUUGCAGUUACAGGGAGUAAAAGAGGCUUGUUGUGAUUUCUUACAGUCACAGCUCUGUCCUACAAAUUGUAUCGAAAUUAACGCUUUUGCUGAUUUAUAUAACUGUACGAAUUUGAUAACAACUUCAGAAGUAUAUAUUCAUCAACACUUUUCAGAAGUUGUUGGUGGCAAAGAAUUCCUAUCUUUAUCAUCGGAACAAGUGGUUAAGUUGAUCUCUAGUGAUAGACUUCCAGUAUCAUCAGAAGAAAAAGUAUUUGAAAGUGUUAUUAGUUGGGUAAAAUAUGAUUUGGGUACAAGACAAUGUAUUUUACUUAAAUUAAUGGAACACGUACGAUUACCAUUAACAUCGAAGAAUUUCAUAUUAAAAUAUGUACUUAAGGAACCUCUUAUUAAGAAUUGUUUUAAAUGUUAUCAAUAUGUAUUUGAGGCAUUAAAUACACUCAAUUCAGAAGAGCUUGUUCCACAAACCAUCCAGAAUACACCCAGACAUGGAGAAAGAGUUAUAUUAGUUGUUGGUGGAAUUGAUUCUGGAUUAAGUAACACUUUAGAAUGGUUCGAUACACGAACAAACCAAUGGCAUUUUGGACCAGAGUUGAUUACAAACCAUAGAAGACAUAGUCUAGUCGUAAUUAACAAUAAUUUUGUAUUUGAUGUGGGUGGUUAUGUUCAUGGUUUAACACCUUACCGCUGUGUUCAUGUGCUAGAUCUAACUUCAGAAUCACUUUCUUGGCAACUAAUUGAUGACAUGUUAAUUGAACGUCAAUUUUUAGGAGUUGGUGUAAUAAACAAUAAUAUCUAUGCUGUAGGCGGAUUCAAUGAUAUAGAUGGUGAUUUACAAAGUGCAGAAGUUUUCGACUACAAUACUCAAACAUGGCAAAUGAUACCUAAUAUGUCUACUUUAAGAUCUUUCUUUGCAGUUGGAGUCCUGAAUGAUCUUUUAUAUGUGGUAGGAGGUUAUGAUCAAUCAAGACAGGCUUUAGACACUGUUGAAUGUUAUAAUCCCAGUAAUGAUAUGUGGUCACCAGUCGCAAACAUGUGCGUAUGUCGCAGUGGUGCUGGUGUAGGAGUUUUAUACGGUGAACUGUAUGCUGUAGGCGGUAGUAAUGGAUCAGACCUUUUGAAAAGUGUUGAAAAAUACAGUCCAAGAACAGGAGUUUGGACACCUAUUGCGGAUCUACAUUUGCCUCGAAAAUAUGCAGAAGUAGUCGCAUUAGAUGGUUUAUUGUAUGCCAUCGGUGGAAUGGGCGAUUCUUCUCUUUUGGAUUUUGUAGAACGUUACAACCCAAACACCAAUACCUGGGCCACGGUCACAGCGAAAUGGAAUAUUAUGCGGUUUACACCUGGAGUAGUAGCUAUUAAUAGGCCACGGCAUUUUACAUCUUGUUAUUUGGAUAAAAUUAGAGAGUGCCACCUACCACUGCAGCGACCGACACAGUUUAAAGGCAUUCAUACACAAUUCACAAUGCAAAAUAUAAAUCAAUUACCAGAAUCCAGAAGAUGUGAAGCGGUCAAAUUGUAUGAAAAAUUAUCUUUCAGUGAUAUAUAUGAAGGUUUGCAAUCCUUAUGGAAUGGUGAAAUUUUUUGUGAUAUUAAACUGGAAACGGACGAUAAAAAAAUAAUAACUGCACAUAAAGUGGUUUUAUCAGCGGCUAGUCCGUAUUUCCAUGCUAUGUUCACAAAUUUUGCAGAAAGGAAUCAUGAUCUUGUGGAAAUGAGACACAUAGAUUAUUCCGCUUUACUGCUCUUAGUAAACUUUUUAUAUUCAGGGAAAAUCUUAAUCACUGAAGAAAACGUCCAGGAUUUACUACCUGCUGCAGAUAUCUUGCAGUUACAAGGAGUAAAAGAGGCUUGUUGUGAUUUCUUACAGUCACAGCUCUGUUCUACAAAUUGUAUCGGAAUUAAUAGUAUAGCAGAUUUACACAGCUGUACAAAAUUGAUGACAAGUUCAGAAAUAUAUAUUAAUCAACACUUUUCAGAAGUUUUUGGUGGUGACGAAUUCCUAUUGUUAUCAUCGGAACAAGUUAUUAAGUUGAUAUCCAGUGAUAGACUUCCAGUAUCAUCUGAUGAAAAAGUAUUUGAAAGUGUUAUUCGUUGGGUAAAAUAUGAUUUGAGUUCAAGAAAUAGCAUUUUACCCCAAUUAAUGGAACACGUACGAUUACCAUUAACAUCUAAGGAUUACAUAAUAAAAAAUGUAGCUGAGGAACCUCUUAUUAAGAAUUGUUUAAAAAGUUAUCAUUAUGUAUUGAAGGCAUUAAAUACACUCGAAUCAGAAGAGCUUGUUCCACAAAGCAUCUGGAAUAAACCCAGGCAUGGAGAAAAAGUUAUAUUGGUUGUUGGUGGAAUUAACUUUGGAUUACGUCAUAGUUUAGAAUGGUUCGAUACACGAACGAACCUAUGGAAUUUAGGACCAGAAUUGAUUACAAACCAUAGAAGACAUGGUCUAGUCGUUAUUAACGAUAAUUUUGUAUUUGUCGUGGGUGGCUAUGUUAAUUGUACAUCUCCUUAUCGGAGUGUUUGUGUGCUAGAUUUAUCUGCAGAAACACUUUGUUGGAAACCACGUAAUGAUAUGUUAGUUGAAAGAAAAAUGUUAGGCGUAGGUGUCAUUAAUAAUAAUAUCUAUGCCGUAGGCGGAUACAAUGAUAUAGAUGGUCAUUGCCGAAGUGCAGAGAUUUUUGACUACAAUACUAAAGCAUGGAGUAUGGUAUGUAGUAUGACUACUACAAGAUCUUUAUUUGCGGUUGGAGUCCUAAAUGAUCUUUUAUAUGUGGUAGGAGGUCAUGAUCAAGAAACACAUGCUUUAGACACUGUUGAAUGUUAUAAUCCCAGUAUUGAUAUGUGGAGACCAGUCGCAAACAUGUGUGUUCCUCGCAGUUGUGCCGGUGUAGGAGUUUUAUACGGUGAACUGUAUGCUGUAGGCGGUCUUAAUGGAUCAAACCUUUUGAGUAGUGUUGAAAAAUACAGUCCAAGAACAAGAAAUUGGACAACUGUUGCGGAUUUACUUUUGCCUCGGAAAUAUGCAGAAGUAGUCGCAUUAGAUGGUUUAUUGUAUGUCAUCGGUGGAACGAACGAAUCUUCUCUUUUGGAUUCUGUAGAAUGUUACAACCCAAACACCAAUACCUGGGCCACGGUUACAGCGAAAUGGAAUGUUGCACGGUUUUCACCUGGAGUAGUAGCCAUUAAUAGGCCACAACGAUUUACAUCUUGUUAGCAUCCAUGAUUUUUUUUUUUUCGGUACAAUAUAAAUGUUUUAAUAUUUUGCAUUAUAGUAUUUUACGUAAUUUACGAUAAUUUGCAGAUAAUUGUAUAGCUAAUAAUGUAUAAUAUGUUUAAUUUCUAUAGCUGAGAAUUGGACAUUUAAAUAAAGUUUUUCAUAAGUAGUUAAUAAAAUUAGUUAAUAAUAAUAUGUAACCAAAAAACCUAUAAAAUAUAUAACUAAACACAAUUUUUUUUAUAGAGAUUUCGUUCAAGUUUGGAUCAAAUUAGAGAGGUAUUUAAAUGGAGAAUAAACAUUUUGGUUAUCAUGUUUUAAAUUAAAAAUAAAUUAUAUUCAUGGUCACUUGGAAUUAUUAAAGUAUAUUAUAAUUUAAUAUUUAUACACACAAUUCCAUUUUCAAUUAUUAAUAAUAACAAUAAUAAUAAUAUUUAUUUGAAACCAAUUACAAUUAUAAGAUAAACAAAUAAAAUACAAUGAAUAUUUAAAGCAUUGGUUCUCUUUUCAAAAGCAAGUUUGUGCUGAAAAGAGAGAGUUUGUGAUACAAGUAGUCAUAAGUCGUCAUAAUUUUACAUAAAUAAUAGUGCUAAUUUAGUUUUUGAAAUUUAAAUAUAAGUAAGAAGAAAGAAACUAAACAUAACAGUUAUUGAAAUAAAACAUUGGUUAUAUAUUUUUAUA